AUGGAAGACGGCAUGAUCGUCGGGGAUGGAACGUUUGACUCGAUAAAGCAAGGGUUUCCGCAUCUCGUGAGCUUUACAGACGUGUCGGAAGACCCUUCGACGCUUGUGAUGGAGGCUGACUGGCCAGAAGAAGGCGCGAGUGGUGGUGGUGGUGUUGUUGUCAAGGCAGACGAGGAGAAGCAGGCCAAAGCAGGCGACUCGAAAAGCGGCGGCGGCGGCGGGGUUCUGGUGCAGAAAGAAGACAGGCAGAUGGGCGGCGUGUCGUCUGGUCUGUACCUGACGUACUUGCGGUCCACGGGGUGGAACGGGGCGUUCGUGGCCGUGAGCAUCGUCGUGGCGUUUACGAUAUCGCAGACGGCAGUGGUGGCCACGGAUUGGUUCAUGGGGUUCUGGUCCACCCACCCGGGGAACGAUGUCACAUCCGUCGUCGUAUACGUCGUGCUAGCCCUCGUGGCGAUGGCGCUUGUGUGGGGGCGCAGUGUGUACGUGUUGUUUCUGUGCGUGUUGUGCUCCAAGGCGCUGCAUGCCAAGCUGUUCCGCAAGGUGAUUCACGCGCCUGUGACGACGUUCUUCGACAUCACGCCAGUCGGUCGUAUCCUCAAUCGAUUCUCCAGCGAUUUAGAUCAAGUCGACAGCAUCCUGCCGUUCUUUGGGGUCCUCUUUCUCCAAUUUGGGUUUCAAAUCGCCGCCGUGAUCGUAGUGUGUGCUGCCACGUCACCGUUUAUCUUGCUCGUGUACGUUCCACUCGUGUACUUGUUCCACAAGGUGCAAGUGUUCUUUCUGCUCACAUCGUCCGAGCUCAAGCGCCUCGAGAGCAUCUCCCGCACCCCCGUGAUCAACCUCAUCUCAGAAACCAUCGAUGGCCUCUCCACCAUCCGCGCCUUUGGCAUGACCGACGAGUUUGCUACCAAGAGCCGCACCAUACUCGACCACAACCAGAGCUACUUUAUGAUCUACCGCAUCUCGUCAAGGUGGCUGCAGAUGCGGCUUGACUGGCUCUCUGCGGGCAUCCUCGCCGGCGUGUCGUUCAUCACGGUCGUGUCCAAAGCGAGCAUCGGCAUCACCGCCGCGGGGCUGGCUCUGACGUACGCGGCCCAAAUGCCAUCGUUUCUAUCAAGAAUGACCAUGACAUCCUCCAUGAUUGAAAACAUCAUGACGUGCGUGGAACGGCUGGAGCAUUACAACUCGUUGGACACUGAAGGCGACUCUGUCAAUGCUUCGGCGGUUCUAGUAGCCCCGCCAAAGACGUGGCCAUCAGUGGGAUCAAUUGAGUUCAAAUCCUUCUCAAUGCGAUACCGUCCCAACUUGGAUUUGGUCUUGACGGAUGUGUCGUUUGAGGUCGUUGGAGGGGAAAAGGUGGGCAUAUGCGGGCGCACGGGGUCGGAUCAAGGCCGAGUGGUGGAGUACGACGCCCCCCUCGCCCUCUUGGCCACCGACGGGGGACCGUUCGCGCAGUUGGCGUCGCAUGCCCGGUUGGGCCAGUCGGGUGCCUUGUAG